ACAAGUAGUGUGUCUGGAGAAGACUGAUAUCUAUACAGAGGACUGGGAGCUCCAUAUUGUCUGCCUGCUGGAUCUGAAAUACCGUUUGCUGUUUGGAGGGUGAUCGUAAUUCGAAGGUGCCUGGCUUAUGAUGUCAAGAACUGCCUCUGGCUUCAUCCUGAGCUCUGUCAAAAACAGCUUUACGUUGGUCCAGAGCGAAAGACGCUGGUAUUCAAAAUGUGUCCUUACCAGGAACUCAAUAAGAUUUCCAAAAUAUCCGGGUAAAAGCCUCACUCGAAGCAGUUUGUGUUACCCAAUUUAUCAGAUAUCCAAAUCAUUCAGUCACACAUCAGCUGAAGAAGAUGUCAACUUCCAGGUACAGCCAAACCAGAUUAAUUACAUCCUCCGAGCCAACGAGUUGUCCCACAAGGUCCCAGAUUUCGAUGGAAAGAACCGAAGUACCAUCUUAAAAUUUGACAGCAACCUGUUGGCGUCUAACGCACCAUGUGAGGACCGAAGAAGCGCAGCGACGUGCCUACAGACCAAAGGUCAAAUGUUUGGGGUGUUUGAUGGACACGCGGGUUCAGCCUGUGCUCAGUCCAUAAGCGAACGCUUGUUUUAUUACAUAGCAGUCUCUCUGAUGUCACAAGAAACUUUAGAGGAGAUCGAAUUUGCCAGAGAACACAUGAAACCCGUCUUGCCAAUCCUAGAAUGGCACAAGCAUAAAAAUGAUUAUGUGUACAAGGAAGUAGCCUCGCUUUAUGUGGAUCAUCUACGGGUUUACUGGCAAGAAUUGCUCCAGCACGAUAACGAAUCUGGCAUGAAGGUUGCCGAUGCAAUGUCUUAUGCUUUUCAGAGACUGGAUACCGAUAUUUCAUUGGCAGCCCAGGUGCCAACUGAGGACGAGCUGGUCAGGAACCUCAUGUUACAGAUUGCAUUUUCAGGCUCAACGGCUUGCAUAUCGCACAUCGACGGGAUUAACUUGACCAUUGCCAACACUGGGGAUAGUCGUGCAAUCAUGGGUGUUCAAGAUGAAAAUGGGAACUGGUCUACUCUUCCUCUAACUGCCGAGCACAAUGCGUUUAAUAAUGCAGAGCUACAGAGAGUAAAAUCUGAACACCCUCCAUCUGAAGGCGAGACGGUCGUAACAGAGGACAGACUGCUGGGGAUUCUCAUGCCCCUUCGAGCAUUCGGAGACGUCCGAUUUAAAUGGAGUCGGGAUUUACAGAAAAGUGUUUUGGAUAAUGCCUGUGGCUCUGAACCUUUAAACAUCUAUCAGUAUUCCCCGUCAAAUUAUCAUACCCCUCCCUAUUUAACUGCUGCACCUGAGGUUACUUCUCAUAAGCUGAGACCUCAGGAUAAAUUCCUUAUCAUGGCCACUGAUGGACUCUGGGACAUGUUGGAGGACCAGGAAGUGGUGAAGCUUGUCACUGAACACCUCUCAGAAGUCAGUUUGCAGGAACCGCACGUUUCUGUAGAGAAACGCAGUCUAGGAUACAUGCACAAUCUUCUCCUAAAGCGUCGCGCUAGAGGUUUUCACAUGCAGGACCAGAAUGUCGCCACGCAUCUGAUUAGGCACGCCAUUGGCAGUAACGAGCAUGGCGAACUUGAACAGGAGAAACUGGUGGCUAUGCUAACCUUGCCGGAGGAUUUAUCCAGAAUGUACAGAGAUGACAUUACAGUAACCGUCAUCUUUUUUAACUCUAGCGCUAUCGAAGCACACUAUAAGGAGAAUGAAAAUAGAUAGGCCUUCCUCGGAUUGCUAGAUUGUAGGCUCUUGCAACAAGAGCCUAUAGUUCCUUCUGUUAACGUUGUAAUGUCUUGUGGACUUAUUUAAGUUACCAGUUUUUGUAGAAAUAUUCUUUCAUUUGUUGUCUACACAACAUUGUAUCUACCCGAGGCCUUCUUAAAACUCCAUUGUUCUAAUCUCUACCACCUAUGCUUUAAAAAACAGCACUGUCACUGUCUGGGGACUUUGCAGAAUUUGCGAAGACCCCCAAUGGUGACAUCGGCGCUGGUGAUCCAGUGAAUGGGGGGGGGGAGGUAAAGGUUAUAUUUACUUACCUGAACCUGUUCCCCGCGGGCACUUGCAUUUUGCUCCGGCUAGUCUCUUCAACUGAAGCACCAGAAGCCAAUAUGACUGCUGUACUUUCGCGCAAGCGCGAUUGUACAGCAUUGAAGAUCCAAUCGCCUGCUGUCGGGAUUGAUACUAACUCGGUGGUCCCCAACCCAGUCUUCAUGGACCACCAACAGUCCACGUUUUGUCAGUAUCUCCAUUGGAAUAAAACAGGGAAAUACAUUAAUCUUAGACUGUUGGUGGUCCAUGAGGACUGGGUUGGGGACCACUGCGCGACUCUGCCCGGAGUCUAGGAAAGUCACGCAGAGGAGAUAUACAAAGACAAAGUAGUCCCUGUAUAUCUCUUGACUGGGUUGGAAUUUCCAACACAGUGAUAACGAGUA